AGACGACCACUAGGAGAAGAAUGGGAUGUGAUAGUGGCCUUGUGGAGUCACCACAAGCAAGAAUUUGUAGUCUGUGAGCUGAGUGGCACUCCUGAUGCCAAAGACCUUGAUUACUUUGGCAAUGACAAGUUGAAGAUCCAGAAAGGCCUGAAGGACAUCCUUGAUCUCAUUGCCAAACGAUACAAGCAUGGUGAUGUCAAGCAUUUCAAGAAGAUCAAAGUGUUUGGACUUCAAGUGUUUGGCUGGAAAGUACAUGUGUAUACCAUGGAUCUGCAGUACAAGGCCCUUUAUCAAUUUUCUGAGAUCACAGUCAUCAAUAUUCCACAGCUGCCAGAAGAAUUCUUGUGGAUAACACUGAUAGUGUGCAUGUUUCUUUCAAUAAGGGAGUGGGUUGAGGAAUCUGUUAAGGCUCUGGGAGAGCUUGCUAAUUCAGACAUGUGGAAUGGCUCUGAGUGCUUCAUGUCUCCUCUGACAUCACCAGUUGCAAUGACUUCAGUGUCGAAGGCAACACCUGAAAAUCCCAAAAAGUUCAAGCAG